AUGUCCCACACUGUAGAUAAGCCCAAGUUGCCAGGGAUACAAUUCCUUCUCAACACACCUGAUGGACGAGAAAAGAAGGCAUUUCCCACUGGAGAGCAAUCAAGCAACGUUAAUCGACCUGUGAUGGGACACCGAAGUACUCGUAGUGUCAGCAGCCUUCCCUCUGAUCUACAAAAGCUUUCGUUGUAUCCUUCGAGCAAAGACGAUUCCGCUGUACAGCCUUCUUCACCAUUGCCUUUUACAAGCAACAAACCACCUAGUUGGGCACAACCACCAGCAACACAGCAACAACAACAACAGCAACAGCAUCAACCAUCACCUCCUGCUGUACUUCUUCCACCUUUGCCUACAACAGCAACACCCUCUCUUGCACAUCCACAACCACCACAUAGACGUAAUGGUCACGGUAGAUCCGUGUCUGAAUAUACCUUACCACCACAACCACCUCCAUCGUUUCCACCAACAACGGGAAUAUCUGCUGCAGGUAUCCAUCAUCAUCAUCAUCAUCAUCCACAACCUCGACCUCCUAUGAUCCCUUCCUUUGAAAGACAUCCGGCAACUGCUGCUGCACGCACUCAUCGUCGUGCAGUAUCGGCAAACACUGUUGAUUUCAUGUUACGUCCACCAGCACCUACAACACCAUCCUCCUCAUCAUCCUCCUCUUCGUCUUCGACACAUAACAACAGCAUGAUGCGUGCACAAUCGGAUAGCCCUCCAGAACAACGAUUGCGAUCUCCACCUUUGCAAGAUGCAGAUGAUCAACAUCCACAACUGCAACGGGAUGCUAGUUCAGGCCGUUAUCUUUGUCCAUAUUGCAAUAAGGGUUUCAGCCGUCCAUCCUCAUUACGUAUUCAUACCUAUUCCCACACUGGAGAGAAGCCUUAUGUAUGCACUGAAGAUGGUUGUGGAAGAAGAUUCAGUGUCCAAAGUAAUAUGCGUCGUCAUCUUCGAGUCCAUCGUAUGGGUCGUGCAUCGAUGAAGCCGAGUCCUCUUAGGAAACCGUGA